AUGGGCCUUAGAGGUGUGCAGCUGGGUCUUAGAGCCUGGGAGUUCCUUUGGACCCUGCUCGUUAUGGCUCUUAUCGGUAACAUGAUUGCUGAAGCCUUCGCCGGGAACCCUGGGACCGUAAACUACUCGAUCUACACAGCGGUUUUCUCGAUGUUCACGCUGUUCUACCUGAUCCCGGCCUCAUUCAACAUCGACUGGGCCCUCCAUCCGAUCAUCAUGAUCGUCCUCGACGCUCUGAACUGCAUUUUCUUCUUCUGCGCUGCCAUCGCGCUCGCUGCGAAGCUGGAAUGUCACUCUUGCAGCAACCAGGAAUAUCUCAAUAGCAAUGAGAUCACCAAUGGCUCCAACAACAAGUCUAAGCGCUGCCGUGAAGCCCAAGCCUCUGUUGCUUUCCUCUGGUUCGCCUGGGCGGGCUACAUGGCAUCUGUCAUUGUCUCUGUGUUCAUGUCUCGUUCUGCUUCCACCAACGUGCGCAGCAGCCGUACUGGCAGCCGCCGGGCCCCCAACAUGGCCCAGGUUUAA